UUUUUUCAAUUAUACUUUUAUAUGUUUUUGUUAAAAACCAUACAAAUACUUAAGAUUUAUAAACUUAGCAAAUCAAUUAUAAGUAGUGAAUUAAAAGAAAAUAUUAGAUAACGAAGUCCUAAUAUGAAAUAGACGAGAUAUUGUCAUUGGACCGCAGAUCUACAAAAUGGAUAAAAGUUUAUUAAAUAUUGUGUUACUUGGAAUAGCAUUUAUGCUUGUGUUCGCAGCCUUUCAGACCAUGUCCAAUAUCCAGAAGACAAUAACUGAUAGCAUAAUUAGAGAUCAACCAUCCUACAAAGGCGAUGCCUACUACAGUCAAGCUAUUAUCUAUGUAUUUUUCUCUUUGUUUAACUGGUCAGCUCCCUCAGUUAUUAACCUGAUUGGUCCCAAAUUUUCCAUGUUUUUGGGUGGUACGGUAUACGUCCUCUUCAUGCUGCAGUUUUUGCUUCCAACGGACUGGGGAUUAUAUUUGUGCAGUGCUGUCUUGGGAAUUGGUGCUGCAAUGAUAUGGACUGGACAAGGAAAUUACCUAACUUUAAAUUCCACAAGACGACUCAUCACUCGAAACUCAGGAAUAUUCUGGGCAUUACUUCAACUGAGUAUGUUGGGAGGUAACACUUUUGUAUUCAUUGCCUUUCAUGGCAAGGAUCAAGUAGAUAAAACCACGCGGAUCUUUGUAAUUAUUACCUUAUCAGCUAUUGCUGUCGGUGGACUAGUGGUGUUGUUUUUACUUCCCAAAGCUUACAAAGACGAUGAGGAUUUCGUUGAAGAAAUCCAGCAUGACGGACCUAUCGAUGCAUUUAUUGGAGCCGUAAAAUUAUUUAUAACCUUGAAGAUGUUCUUUCUAAACUUUACGUUUUUCUACACUGGACUGGAACUGGGAUUCUUUAGUGGUAUUUAUAGUUCCUGUAUUGGAUUUACCAAAAGGUUUGACAACAGAAAGGGGCUUGUAGGUAUAUCUGGUAUUUUAAUGGGAGUAGGAGAAGUUAUUGGAGGCGCAGUAUUUGGGAUAUUUGGACACAAAACUAUUUUUUGGGGCAGAGCACCUGUAGUAGGAACAGGUUUAGUUUUACAUGCACUAGCUUUUAUUUUGAUUUUUCUGAAUUUACCUAACGAUUCUCCGUUUGAGGAUACCUAUAAAGAUGGAAUAAUAACAAGCAGUAGUGGUUUGGCAAUAUUCUGCUCAUUUCUUUUGGGUCUCGGUGAUUCAAUUUUUAAUACCCAAAUAUUUUCCCUCCUUGGGUCAGUGUAUGCCGAUAAUAGUGCACCUGCUUUUGCAAUUUUUAAAUUUAGCCAAUCGGUGGGAGCGGCUAUUACAUUUGCGACAGCCAAAUUAUUAGGUCUACAUAUCCAACUCUUGAUACUUCUUAUAAUGGCGGUUACUGGUACAGUUUUAUUCAUUUUAGUGGAUAGAUCAUCAUCCUUCAAAGAACCCUAAAUAUCCUAAAACCCAUACCAUUGGUUCAGCGAUUUAUAUUCAUAUAAUACAAUUUUUUUUAUAUUCAUUGUAUGUAUUUGUUGGAAAUGUAUUUUUAUUUACCAAAUAAAAGUAGUAUAUACUCA